UUUCCUCCUACUCGCAAUUUUCUCGACCUGCAGAGGUAUACAAAAUCCCCAUACAAAAAGGCAUUCAUUUCUUUCUUUUCUCAGGGCACCCCCUCCAUCCCGGUAAACCCGCCUAUAUUUGCCACUAGAUUCCUAUUUUUCCUUUCCGGUAGAAUACAAGAUUCCAUUGGACGCCACAAGAUUUGCUGUCCAUAGGCUCCGGUCUGUCUCGCACCAAUUCAUCAGCGUCCUUUCCAUGCCACAAACGCGCGACAUCCAGAAGAGCAAAGAAUGCCCUCAACAUUCUUGCAUGACAGGAUUAGGAGGCAAUCCCAAAGCUAUGCCACCACUAUUAUUAUCAUGCCCAGCUUCCUCUCCUCCAAUCUUUUGAUACCUCUCCUUCCAUGGAUUCUUCUCCUCCUCCUCCAUCUCCCCGCCGGCGCCGCCGCCGCAUUCGAUUACCGGGAUGCUCUCUCCAAGAGCCUCCUCUACUUCGAGGCCCAGCGCUCCGGCCACCUCCCCUACAACCAGCGCCUCCCCUGGCGCGACCACUCCGGCCUCACCGACGGCCUCGAACAAGGCGUCAGUGGAUUUGGUAGGAGGAUACUACGAUGCCGGAGAUCAAGUGAAGUUUGGCCUGCCGAUGGCUUUCACGAUCACGAUGCUGUCAUGGAGCGUCAUGGAGUACAGCGAAGAGCUUGCAGCUGCCGGGGAGAUCGGGCACGCCCUGGAUGCGAUCAAAUGGGGGACCGAUUACUUCAUCAAAGCCCAUACCGACCCCAAUGUCCUCUGGACCCAGGUGGGAGAUGGCGAUACCGACCACUACUGCUGGCAGAGGCCGGAGGACAUGACGACGUCGAGACAAGCGUACAAGAUCGAUGCACAGAAUCCCGGGUCCGAAGUCGCAGGGGAGACGGCGGCCGCCAUGGCGGCGGCGUCCAUCGUGUUCAGGAUAUCCAAUCCGCAUUAUUCCCACCUCUUGUUGCAUCAUGCCCAACAGUUGUUUGCAUUCGGGAACAAGUAUAGGGGGAGGUACGACAGGAGCGUCGGAGUGGCGAAGAAUUACUACCCGUCGGUGAGCGGAUACGGCGACGAGCUACUCUGGGCGGCACUGUGGCUCCACCGGGCGACCGGCAAGGAGGAAUAUUUGGAAUACGUGGUGGAUAACGCGUUCCGGUUUGGCGGUGCCGCAUGGGCCAUAUCCGAGUUUAGCUGGGAUAUCAAAUACGCCGGCCUCCAGGUCUUGGCUUCAAAGCUGCUAAUGGAAGAAGGUGGAAACCUGCAAGAAAAGCACAGGCGCAGACUGGAGAAAUACAGAUCAAAGGCGGAGCACUACCUGUGCUCCUGCCUCAACAAGAACAAUAACGGCAGCAACGUCCGCCGCACUCCCGGCGGCCUCCUCUACGUCCGCCACUGGAACAACAUGCAGUACGUCACCGGUGCAAGCUUCCUCCUCACCGCCUUCUCCGACUACUUGGCCAAAUCGAAGCAGGAGCUCCAUUGCCCUCGAGGCACCGUGGGCUCCCAGGAGCUGCUCUUCUUGGCCAAGUCCCAGGCGGAGUACAUCCUGGGGGCCAACCCCAUGGGGAUGAGCUACCUGGUGGGCUUCGGACCCAAGUUUCCGACCAGAGUGCACCACCGGGCGGCGUCCAGCGUGUCCUACAAGGAGGACAAGGCCUUCAUCGGCUGCGCGCAGGGGUUCGACAAGUGGUUCGGCCGGCAGAGGGUGAACCCGAACGUCCUCGUCGGGGCGGUCGUCGGCGGCCCCGACGCCAGGGAUGUGUUCAGGGACGUGAGAUGGAAUUAUAUGCAGACGGAGGCGUGUACAUACAACACCGCGCCGCUGGUCGGAGUGCUUGCGAAGCUUGCUCGGUUGGAAGUUGAGGGAGGGAACCCUUCAAUUUCCUCAUGGUAGUACGUAGUACGUAGCAGGUUCCACGUAAGAAUGGUGGAAAGGAGCAAUCCUAAAUUUUUCCAAUUUUUUUUUGUUUAUAAAUUGUUAUUUGGUGUGAGGGUCGAGAGAUACGCCGAGUAUAUCUAUAGGAAAAGAAAGAAUAUGAAAAACUGUAAAAGAAAGAAAAUUAAUGAAAGAAAGAGAGAAACAAGGUUGUUUUGUUUUUUUUUUUCCAAAAUUUGUUCUUUCUUUUUUACUAAUUUAUUGUAGCGUCUUUUUCUCCCUAAAUUGUUGCUUGCAACGAAUGGACCACAAGCUGAGACACAGCAAGGACAUAAGAGGGAUAAUUAUUCAAUUUACCAAAAAAUAAUGCUAAUUACUCGCUUGGAAA